UGGUGGUGCGAGUCAUUAUAUUUCCUUGAAACAAUCAUCAGUUGCCAAGGCACCAAAGCAUUGAAAUCCCAAGUGCAGAAGGUCUGCGCAAUCUUCAUAGAUGAGUACUCCCUUGAAAAUUGUUGUCCUUUUACAUUUUUUCUUGCUUGUAGUUGAAAUUGAUGCAGAGAAUGGAGUGAGCCAAGAUCAGUGCACGGUACCAGCUAAAUGCAGCCCUCAGGGUCCGCCCAUUCGGUUCCCAUUCAGGCUUAAAGGCCAUCCAAAGAACUGCGGAUGUCCGGGGUUUGAGUUGUCAUGCACCGGAACUACUAAUCAGACCAUGCUAGAGCUGCCAUUUCCAGCAAAGCUCCCAGUGGAGGAGAUAAAUUACACAACUCGGGAAAUUCGCGUCCAUUAUGAGGAUUCUUGCCUUCCUCCGCAGCUUAUGCUCCGUUUGGCUUACACUCCCUUCAAAUUAGUGGAUGAGGUUCCUGAUGUUGAGCUCUACACCUUCUUCAGUUGUUCAUCAGAUAAAUCAGAAUCUCUGACUCAAUACACUUGCCAUAUUUUUGGUGGUACCACAAUUUAUGCGGUGCGUUCCGAUGAUGAUCUUGGUGACUUGGAUCUAUACUCAUGCCAAAGGAUCGACAGUGUCGUCAUACUACAAAAUAAUUGGGAAAAUGCCUUUCAUUUGAACUGGACAAACACAAUAUGUGGGGACUUCGAAGCAGAAGAUGGGAAAUGCAGGCCCAAAAGUAAUAGCAUGAAACAUGAAACAGAAUGCAUCCACAAACCCCGCAAACCAGAAAAAGAUGCACCAAGAAUACCGGAGCUGGUUGCAGGAAUAAUCCUUGGUUUCCUUUUUCUUGGGUCAAUAGCAUUUGCACUCUACCAUGUUUAUAGCUUAGACAAAUCACAAAGAGAAAAUAGAAAGAAGAUCGAAAAGUUUUUGGAAGAUUAUAGAGCUCUCAAGCCCUCGAGGUACUCAUACGCUGAUAUUAAGAAGAUCACCCACCAGUUCAAGGAUAAACUAGGCCAAGGAGCUUAUGGAACCGUGUAUAAAGGAAAACUUUCAAAUGAAGUUUUUGUUGCAGUAAAGAUUCUCAAUGACUCUAAGGGAAAUGGGGAUGAGUUUAUCAAUGAAGUGGCAACAAUGGGCACAAUCCACCAUGUCCACGUGGUUCACUUAGUUGGGUUUUGUGCAGAUAGAUUUAAACGAGCUCUCAUCUAUGAGUUCUUACCGAAUGAGUCUCUAGAGAAGUUCAUAUUUCCAAAAAAUGGCAAGAAUCAUUCACUUGGUUGGUUGAAGCUUCAAGAUAUUGCUUUAGGCAUAGCCAAAGGAAUUGAGUAUCUUCACCAAGGAUGUGAUAAAAGAAUUCUCCAUUUUGAUAUUAAACCUCAUAAUAUUUUGCUAGAUCACAACUUUAAUCCUAAGAUCUCUGAUUUUGGUCUAGCCAAAUUGUGUUCCAAAGAGCAGAGUGUAGUUUCUAUGACUACAGCUAGAGGGACGAUUGGCUAUAUUGCACCAGAAGUGUUAUCUAGGAAUUUUGGGAAUAUAACCUAUAAAUCAGAUGUUUAUAGCUUUGGAAUGUUGUUACUUGAAAUGGUUGGAGGAAGAAAAAAUAUUGAUGUUACAAUGGAGAAAACCGGACAAGUAUAUUUUCCAGAAUGGGUCUACAAUCAUUUAGAUCAAGGGGAAGAGUUACAUAUCCGAAUCGAGGAAGAAGGAGAUGCAAAAAUAGCAAAGAAACUAACAAUUGUGGGACUUUGGUGCAUUCAAUGGUACCCAAUAGAUCGUCCUUCAAUGAAAGUUGUAGUUCAAAUGUUGGAAAGAGAAGACAAUUUAAUCAUGCCUCCUAAUCCUUUUACUGCUACAGAUCGAAAUAUGGUCAAAGAUCGAAUGAGAAUAAAUACAAGCAAGCCACCAAGACCUCUUCCUGAAAAAGAGUUGGAAGUUAUCACAGAAUUAGAGUGAAUGGAGAAGUUGGUCGAUUUAUUAUUAUGAUUUGUAUUUUCAAUCUAGGAAGAUGAUUCUUAAAAUAAAUUCCAAAAAUAAUUAGGACUUAUUAUCAAAAAGUAAUUAGUAAUUGCUUUGUGUCUUUGUAUUAUGAUGUCUUGUAAGAUGUAGUAUAUAAUAAAUUACUUUGUGUUUUUGUGUAAUGAUGUCUUGGAAGAUGAGAUAUAUAAUAAAUUGCUUACCAAGGA